ACCACGAGUAUUUUCAGUUUCCUUCCGGGCUGCUUUCGGCCGGCGAUUUCUGCGUCGGGCUUCUCAUUCAUGGACGGUCGAGCCUCGUAAUAUUAUGGACGCCAAAGCUCACGAGGCUGCUCCCGCUGAGGAGAAGAAACCGGCCUGCAAGCCGUGCUGCCGUGGAAAGAAGUUGAAGAAGCCCAGUGAAUUGCCGCUGUAUAGCUGCCCGUCGCAAAAUGUUGAGUACGAGCUUGUAGAAGAGCCUCCCGGUCAAGUUGAAAAUGCAGUUCGUUACGUGAGGACAAGCGUGAGCCCCUACUACAGUGUUGUUGAGUCAGUUACUGAAAGGGCUGGAGAAAUAUACACAACUGCUGUUGAACAUUCGAAGUCGAGCUAUGAGUAUGUGACGAUGGAGGAAAACAUGGUAGCCAGAGCCAUGGCCAUAUCCAUGGGAGGCCUUACGGGCAUUAUUCUUGGAGCCAGAGGAGGAAUAUUCAAGAAGCUGAUCUACGGAAGUGUGGGGGCUACUGUGGCUGCUGCUGCAUGCUACCCCAAGGAAGCCAAGAAGUUCUCCCAGGACUACCUGGUCGUUGCACGGGACCAGGCUGCUGCUGCUGUGAAACAGGCCACAGGCCAUGACCUGAACGACCUGUUUUCUAAAGUGCAGCUUCCAAAGCUGCCGGACUUCUCUGCGAAGACCAUCGACCAAGUGGGCCAGCAAGUGAGUGACAUUCAGUAUUACGGUUUCAGGCUGGCCGAUCCGGAAUCGAAGAGCUCAUAAUAUCAUCGCCUGUCGGAGCACUCAAGGUGCUGACUGUCAAGCCAGCAGGAUGCUUUUCAAGCCGUUAGGAUGGACUCUUGGUUGAUCUUCGGAAGAAAUUUAGGUCAAUGCAAUAAAUGUAACUUGAAAGCCUUAGUA